CGACACCCGUGAACCAACAAUUUCCAUCUCACAUCGAAUCGACUUUCCGCCCAAAGCAGCCCCGCGCAUUAUUGGCAUUCGCUGUCGCCAUUAUGACUACGAGAGGCGUUUCCGUCCUCAAGUUUGUAGGGACUGUGUCCCUCGGGCUCCUAACAGGCGUGUCUUUCACCCUCUCGACCCUCACGAUUCCCGCCCUCCUGACCCUUCCCUCCGCAAACGAUGCCGCGCGCGCGCUCGAAUCGCUAUCCACCUCGGCCAAGAAGCACCUGCGCACGCUGAGCACCAUCUCGGGCUCCGCCUUCGCCAUCGCCUACUACCUUUCCCCGCGUGCCUACCGCCACCCGUACCUGAUCUACACCUCGCUACUCGUGUUCGGCUCCCGCUUCAUCACCUCGGGCUUCUUUGGCCCUUACUUUAGCUUCAUCACCCCCGCCGUCCCCGCCUCGUUUUCGUCCGGCAUGUCCUCCGUCUCGUUCGUGACCGCCCGCAGCAGCCAGCAGAAGAAGAAGAGCAGCACGCCGCGCGGCUUGGAGGCUAGCUACGAGGUUCUUGGUGAUCCCUCCCACAGCGAGGCGACUUCGGGCUCGGAGGAUGUCGAGGAGGAGCUGGCUAAUGUUAAUGGCGAGGAGGUCCGUGCCAACGUGGAGGUGUUCUUGAAGAAGAACAUUGUCCAGAGCGUUGUGGCUGGCGUUGCGUUCUUGAUGUCCGUUGUUGGCAUCUGGGGCGAUGGGCUGGGACAGCAGAUUAUUGUCAUUGCUUGAAGUGAUGAGUAUGGAAUGCGGGAAAGGGAGGUUGCGUGACUGUGACUCUCCAGAGAGGUGAGAACGUCAGGAGAAGCAACAGAUUAUGCUGAUGUUGUAACCUGGUUUUGCAGAGAGCUCAAGGGCUCGGUUGACUGAGGAAGAAGGAUGCGAGGACGUUGAUCGUCAUUUUCCCGAUCUGGAUGGCGGAAAUACAUCUUUCGAUCGUUGUAGAGACAGCACACACGUGUGCUCUUUCAUAUAUCAUCAACUUAUGGUUAUCUGGGAGGAAGACUUACAUGGUAAAGGUGCACGAGAAUGUAUCUAACGGAACAAAUGGGAGUUUUGGAUUGUUUUCACG